AUGGGCAUAACUGGGUUAUUGCCUUUCUUAAGAGGCUUUCAAAAGCAAGUUAAGCUCUCCGAUUUUACUGGCAGAACUGUGGCCAUAGACGCUUCUUGCUGGAUACACAAGGCUUUAGCUGUGUCCAUAUCACAAAGUGGAAAUCGACAAAGGUGAGAUAUCUUUUGUGUGCUGUUUUAGAAUGUAUUAUAAAAGUACAGUUCAAAUAUGUAAAUAUGACGGGUUUUUUCAUUUUAGGUUGGCUGAUAUUUUUCGUAAGUAUUUGUUGAUUGUAAAGAGAGCCGCGAUGACAAUUUACGUUGUGUUUGAUGGGCUGUUAUUGCCAGCGAAAGCAAGUGAAGUCGAACAGAGGCAAAGGUGAGAAUAUGUGACUUGUUGACUGUUGUUGUAUUUAAAACAGAAAAAUGUUUAUUUGCACCGUGACUGGAUUGGCCAAUACUUUUGUUAACAGUGACCGAGAGGAGCGUUUACGGAAGGCAGAUAAUGCAAGCCUAUCGUCGAAAGAAGCCAACAAAUUCCGCAGCCAAGCUGCUUCCAUAACCUUCAAUGACAUAUCUACCUGUAUAGAUGUAAGUCACAUUUAAAUAUUUUUUACUUAGUCUAUUAAAAUUGUGGUGUUUUGUUGGUACUAAACACUUAUAUAUGCAUUAAGAUUGUUAUUUGUUAGCGAUUUAAUUUAAAAAUUAUUUUGAACACAAAUAUACAAUAGAUUUGUUUGGAGGAGAACGUUCGGUACGUGAUGUCACCGUACGAGGCAGAUGCUCAGAUAACGUUCUUGCCAAAUAAUGGCUACGCAGAUAUGGUUAUUACAGAAGAUUCGGACCUUUUAGCCUAUGGCUGCAAGGAGGUUUGUACAGUUCAUUUCUUUGUGAUCUCCCUGGGGCAAACAGUUGUUGAUUAGGUAUUUAGAUUAAUACAUGAAUUUGAUAUUUCCAUCAAAAUUUUUUGGUAAAAAAUUUUCUUGCCAGGGGCUCAUGUAUUGCACAUAUCAAUGUAAAUCCCAGGGCAUGGGAUGGGGAUUUGCCUUGAACACCUAUUACGGCCAUGGGAACUGUGAAAAUCAAUACAAGCCUGGGGUUAAAUAGUUGGUGAAAAUAUACUGUAAGCUGUUGUUAAACCCAUUGAUUGGCAGCCCUCUCCCCCUGACAAGUAAAAUGAAUUUGUCUGGUGUUAGAUAGAGUAAAAUAAUAAAGUAGGGUGAAUCUAGGUGCAUUGCCACUUAACAGGUUAACAGGGUGCAUUGGUGGACUUGAAUAACUUAGAUUCUGCACUUCACUUGGUGGAAUUAAUAUUAGAAUGUUAGGGUUUGUAACCAAGUGAGAAUGUAUAAAUUUUAAGACCUAACCAGGAACGACUGCGAAUAAUGCAGCACAACCAUUAAUAUUAACAUUAACAUAACCAUUAACAUUAGCAGCACUCUCCCCCUGACAAGUAAAGUCAUCUGGCAUUAGAAAGGUUAGGGUAAAAUAACAAACUACCUAGGGUGCAUUUGGGUACAUUGCCACUUAAAUGGUUAGUAUAUAAAUAUGUAACCUAAUUUGUCUCUGGGUGGGCCUUUAUAAUACAUUGGAUUAAUGUUUGCCUUUCUACUCAUAGGAAUUAUACCCAAAAGUUUUUUUUAUCAAAUCUCCAACCCAGUCCUGAUUUAAUAUAGUAGAUAUGUGUUAGAGGUGUGCAUUGGAUCGGAUUUGAUGUUUAUAAAACCGACAAUUGGCUAAUGUUUAAGAUCCAAUCCGAAAUUGUCUAAUCCAAUCCGAGUUUUGAUAAAGAAUUGAAGUAUCAAAGAAUAAUAAUGCAGCGACAACCACUUUGUCAUGAAUAAUUAAUUCAUUUUAUUUCCAAUCCAACUACAAAACAACUUUAUCAAUCCAAUAUGAAUAUUUUUGUUCCAAAAUCCGAACAAAUCCGGAUUUGGAUCGGAUUUGCACACCUCUAAUGGGUGUACAAACUGCCCUUAAAUUUUCUGUUUGCAAUAAUAUUUUGAAUAUUUUAAAGAACUGUUGUCCAAAUGUUUUCAAAGAUGUUUAAAUGUUGUAAGCAAACUUUUUUAUUUAAUUAAUUUACUUGCUUGUCUAGGUGAUAAUGAAGCUGUGUUUGAGUGGUGACGGGCAACAUUUGUUAUUAGAUGACAUACUGGAUGGGUUAAAACUAAAUUUCCAGCAGUUUCAAAACAUGUGUAUUGUGGCUGGAUGUGAUUACCUACACAAUGUUCGAGGCAUUGGUAUCCGUGGUGCAUACAAAAUCAUUAGUUCUGGUGAUGAUAUGUUUAGUACACUUGAAAACAAAGGAGCACCCAAUAAUUACAAGGACCACUUUCAUGAAACAAAGGCUGUAUUUUCGCAUCAAACUGUUUUUGAUGUAAACACCCUUAAAACUGUGCCUCUACAUAUGUGGGAGAGCAACACAUCAACAAAAACAAAACACCUUUGUGGAAAGUAUCCUUUAUACACUUUAGCAUGUUAUGUUUGCCCAUGUGGCUGCAGAAUGGGAGUAUUAGAGGUUGGUCAAGUUAGGGGGUCAAGUUAUCAAACUAUGAUAACAUUGUAUGUGUUUACAUACAAUGUUAUCAUAGAUGCUUUUCUUUUGACUGCAAAAAAUUAAGUAAAUUUAAAUCAGUUUUAGAGACCAUUACAGGGUGGCUAAAUGAUUGCUCAAAAGAUAGAAGCAACCUUUCUUAAUCGAGUUCUACUUUUGUGGAAUUUUAUUUAGAGCUUGUUAAGUGUACACCACAACCUUAACUCUUCUAAGAUUGUUAGAUGACCAAUUCUCUAAUGAUCUGGCUGCCGGGAACAUUGAUCCCAAAAGUUGCAUCAAGAUGAAGAGCAAUCCUCUUCUUAAAAGGGUAAAGUUUUGUAAAUAUUGUGUUCCCAUAUUUACAUAAUACUCUAAUGAUUAAAAUGCACAAUUGUAUAGGUCACCUGCAAUUCUACACCAAAUGACUCUGUUGAGGAUAUGUCUCCAAAAACAAAUG